AAUAAAGGCAAACAAACGAACCAGCAAUACUAGUCUAUACAGAUGGAUCUGUCACAACCCCCAACGCUGGACUUUAACCCAGAGCAGGGAAUUACCCCCAACGCUGGACUUUAACCCAGAGCAGGGAAUUAGCCCCAACGCUGGACUUUAACCCAGAGCAGGGAAUUACCCCCAACGCUGGACUUUAACCCAGAGCAGGGAAUUACCCCUGUGUGAUUACCUUGCUAACCUAGUUUUAGAAAUUAUUCUUAUGCGUUUUCUCUUUCAUUUCAGAAGAUGCCUCGUGGAGAACUAUGGCUGCCUGAGGAAUUAAGUGUCCUCUUUAAAGUUGUACAGGAUUCCUGUGAUCUAGACAUAUUAAUGUCCUCCCGUCAUGCCAAUGCAGUAGAGUGGGAGCCCAUUGCCCUGGAGAUGGUGAGGUAUGGUUUCCGGCGUACAUGGCAACAGUGCCGGGCCAAGUGGAAAGCGUUGAGAAGGGCCUUCCAUCUAGAGAAUGAGUACAAGCUUCGUCAUGGGACACACUCUGACAAACGGCCACCCAGCUACAGCAUCAUGCUGAAACUAUGGCAGAAAGCUGGCCGGCCCGUGUUCCGUGACCAGCACAUGUUGCGGAACCGAAAUGGACACUUUCCGGUGAUGUCUCGCAGCCGAUUGGGGCGACAUUCCUUCUACAGUCAAGCUUUCAGUGGAGUUCGGCAGUAUCCAAUUGGCAAUAGGGGAGGAAUCCAGUGCUUUUCCAGCUUUUCUCAUGCUCCAGAUUCAGAGUUGUGCAUGGAGGAUAAUGAAAUCGAAAGAAUCAUUCUCGAUCAUGACAUUGGAAGUCCACACUCGAAUUCACACUCUAGGUCCGUUCUUUGUGAUGAAAGUGCUCUCUCUUCCAAAACUCCUGAAGAUCUUACCCUACUUAAGACACAAGUCACUGGUUUGGAAAGAAGUGUCCUCGAGGAUGAAGAGGAUGUAAAACCUGAAAUUCUUCACCACUUUUCAGAGACGUCAAGGUCCGACACCGAGUCUACAGCUGAUAAAUGCCAGGAACUGCAACUGCUUGAGAAGCUGGUGACGCAGCAGAAGGAGAUCAUAACGAGGCUUGAUUAUUUGAAUCAUAAUCUUGUGCAGAUGGCCAGCUUGCACUAUCAGCACAUUGCAGAAGAGUCUGAUGACUUGCUAAAGACUGGAAGAAAAGAAACUAUUUUUUCUGGCAAUGACUCCAUGCCCUUCCCUUCCAUGUUUAUACCAUUCCCUAUGCCAACAUCUGCCGAAUCUUCUGCUUAUACAACUUACAUAUCAGCUCCACGUCCUACUGCCCCCUACAUGCAUUAUUCUCAGAGUCCUUCAUCUCCAGACUGUUCGUUGCCUCUUAAUGCCCCGUAUAUGCCGUCCUCUCAGCCUGCAGCAACCUACAUCCCUGCUUCUCAGCCUGCCGCUUCCUACAUCCCAACUUCCCAGAUCCUUUCAUCUUUGUGUAUAUUGCCCUCAAAAAGCACAUCCAACUUUCUUCCAGGCUUCUCUCCAACAAGUUUAAGUUCAUCUCCUCAGUCAACUAGUCACCCAUCCACCAUGACCCUGGCUAAAAAACAUAACAACAAAAUCCCUUGAACACCUUUCCUCAGUGAGUAAACUGUACAGCAGAAUUCACUACGAAUCCUGUAUAACUAGGAACUCAAAUUACUGUCAGUUUUAUAUGUUUAUUUAUAUAUUUAUUCUGUGAUUAGAUCUAAUAAUGAC